GCGCCCCGACGGCUAACGCGGCCCCUUUAAGGGAGGCGGGAACCGGGCCCGGCCACCCCUAGCCGGCUGAGGCGGAUUCACUUCCAGGUCGACGGGGCGGCCCUGUGCCCCGACUCGCUGCUGGGUGACGGAGCCUGGGGACCCGGCGCAGCGAUGGAGGAGGCAUCUCCAUAUACUUUACUUGAUAUCUGCUUGAAUUUUCUGACUGCUGACCUAGAGAAGUUUUGUACAGAAAGGCAAGAUGGAACACUGUGCUUGCAGGAGCCUGGAAUAUUUCCACAAGAAGUGGCUGAUCGACUGCUGCAGACUAUGGCAUUUCAUGGGCUGCUGAAUGAUGGAACUGUGGGCAUCUUCCGAGGCAACCAGAUGCGCUUGAAACGAGCUUGUAUCCGGAAAGCAAAAAUCUCUGCAGUGGCUUUCCGGAAAGCAUUUUGCCAUCACAAGCUGGUAGAACUUGAUGCUACGGGGGUGAAUGCAGAUAUUACAAUCACAGAUAUCAUAAGUGGACUUGGCAGCAAUAAAUGGAUUCAACAAAACCUUCAGUGCCUUGUGCUGAACUCAUUAACUCUCUCCUUGGAGGACCCAUACGAAAGAUGCUUCAGUCAGUUGUCUGGUCUUCGUGCUUUGAGCAUUACCAAUGUUCUGUUCUACAAUGAAGACUUAGCAGAUGUUGCAUCACUUCCAAGGUUAGAAAGUCUAGAUAUAUCCAAUACCUCUGUCACUGACAUAACUGCACUCCUCACCUGCAAGGAUCAACUUAAGUCUCUGACCAUGCACCACCUGAAAUGCUUGAAAAUGACGACCACACAGAUUUUGGAUGUUCUAAGAGAACUAAAAUAUCUGAAUCAUCUUGAUAUUUCAGAUGACAAACAAUUCACAUCAGAUAUAGCACUUCGUUUAUUAGAACAGAAAGAUAUCCUACCUAACCUUGUGUCUUUGGACAUUUCUGGAAGAAAGCAUGUUACAGAUGAAGCUGUAGAAGCAUUUAUUCAGCAACGGCCAACAAUGCAGUUUGUGGGACUGCUAGCUACUGAUGCUGGCUACUCAGAAUUCCUUACAGGAGAAGGAAACUUAAAGGUGUCUGGAGAAGCAAAUGAAACUCAAAUUUCUGAAGCACUGAAGCGGUAUAGUGAGCGGGCAUUCUUUGUGAGGGAAGCACUCUUUCAUCUAUUCAGCCUUACACACAUUAUGGAAAAAACGAAGCCUGAAAUUUUAAAGCUUGUGGUUAUUGGAAUGCGAAAUCACCCUCUGAACUUGCCUGUGCAGUUAGCAGCAAGUGCAUGUGUGUUUAACUUAACCAAGCAAGAUUUAGCAGCAGGCAUGCCUGUUCGACUACUGGCUGGUGUCACUCACUUACUCCUUAAGGCCAUGGAACAUUUUCCAAACCAUCAACAGCUGCAGAAGAACUGCCUUCUUUCACUAUGCAGUGACAGGAUCCUUCAGGAUGUUCCAUUUAACAGGUUUGAAGCAGCUAAGCUUGUUAUGCAGUGGCUGUGUAACCAUGAAGAUCAAAAUAUGCAGAGGAUGGCAGUGGCUAUAAUCUCCAUUCUAGCUGCAAAGCUUUCAACUGAGCAAACAGCUCAACUUGGUGCAGAGCUCUUCAUUGUUAGGCAACUUCUACAAAUAGUUAAGCAGAAAACAAAUCAGAAUCUAGUGGAUACUACACUCAAGUUUACACUGAGUGCGCUUUGGAAUCUCACUGAUGAAUCUCCAACCACAUGUAGGCACUUUAUUGAAAAUCAAGGGCUAGAACUCUUCAUGAGAGUCUUAGAGUCCUUCCCAUCUGAGUCAUCUAUCCAACAGAAAGUUCUUGGCCUUCUGAACAACAUAGCAGAAGUGAAAGAGCUACAUUCUGAGCUAAUGUGGAAGGACUUCAUAGACCACAUCAGUAAACUAUUGCACAGUGUUGAGGUAGAAGUCAGUUACUUUGCAGCUGGGAUUAUUGCUCAUUUGAUAUCUCGAGGAGAGCAGGCCUGGACAUUGAGUCACACUCAGAGGACAUCUCUUCUUGAACAACUGCACUCAGCCAUUUUGAAUUGGCCAACGCCAGAGUGCGAGAUGGUUGCCUACAGGUCUUUCAACCCUUUUUUCCCCCUACUUGGCUGCUUCAUGACACCUGGGGUUCAGCUGUGGGCAGUGUGGGCUAUGCAGCAUGUCUGCAGCAAAAACCCUGCCAGGUAUUGCAACAUGUUAAUUGAAGAAGGUGGAUUGCAGCACUUAUACAACAUCAAGGAAAAUGGCCAAACUGAUCCAGAUGUCCAGCGAAUUGCAAUUGCCAUUCUAGAUAGCUUAGAAAAACAUAUUGUACGUCAUGGGAGACCGCCUCCAUGUAAAAAGCAGCCACAAGCCAAGCCAAACCAAACUGAAAGCUGAAGGUAUAAGUGUGUAAACCAUCCUCUCUGUAAUAAUCCUUUAUCACACGUGUAGUUGGAGUGACUUGUACUACAGUGGUCACCAGUGAAGUUAUUUGCUAACAAUUGUGGUACUGGAUACCACUUGUGGUAACUCUUGGGCAAAUGUCUACUUCAAUGACAACUUCUAAGGGGAUCUAUGAUCAAUGCUUGAUCUAGUCAUACCUGUAGGAUUACUGAUGACUACAGCAAGGUGGGACUUGAAUAGUUUGGAAUGCACAUCCAAAAACAAACCUCUAGGAAUAUCUUGUUUUGUGACUUAAUUGUGGGACAGAAAGCUUGUUUCAUCCAUCUCAUUGUUGAAUAUAGAACUGUUUACCAACUCAGUGUUUCAAUAGAACUGUCUGCAAGAGUGGUGAAUCUCACAAUCACAGCUUUAAACAAAAAUUCACGCAUGCACACAUUAAAAACACUGUACCACUUGUAACUAAGGUAACCAGAAUGUCCCAUUGUUUAUGGGCCCUCCAUAAGCCCAACUGAGUCUUCAAAACACCUCGUCUUGGGACCUGCAACCUCUGUCCUUUGUCUCUCCAGCACUAGACUGUUGUCUUUUCCAGCUGUUGGCUUCCCUUGACUCAUCUAUGCUGCCUCAGCAAGGUUAGGAUCAGCACUGCUUGGGUGCAAAUGGGAAACACUGAAUUGGCUGCUCUGGAGGAACAGGUACAGGUGGAAGUGGGGGCAGGGGAAAGCUUGAAAUACUAAAAGGAUAAACUGAGUUUGAGGUUCAAAACUUAAAACUAAGUUGUUGUUUUUUUAAAAAAAGAAGUGGUAGGAGAAGGAGGGAACUCCACAUCAGAGCUCAAAAUGUUAGUUGAAGUAGAGUAGCCCUUCCCAUCACAUGGAGGUGCAUGUCUUGAUGGGAGAACCAAGAUAUUUGGUCAUCUUUUUAUAACCGAUUAUUGAUUGCCUUGCCAUUUCUUGUAUAUAUUUUGUCAGUAUUGUGCAGUGAUUUGUAUUCCCAAUGCAUUACAGUACAAAAUAUCACCCAACAUCAUAUAUAAGGUCCUUUGUAAAUUGCAUUGUUGUGCAGAGUGUGAAAUUUUACAUAAAGCUGUCAAUGGUAAAAACGUAUUUCUUCCUGUUGUUUGAGUUUAAAAGAGGUGUUGAAUGAAAUGGAGAUUCCACAGCAUACAGAUGCUUGAUUAAAUACAAGUGAUGGAAGCAAGCUA